CGCUGCUUGUGGACUUGGGGGCGUGGCUCAGGAUGCUCCAGGAGGCUACUAGGGGCCGCGCUCAAGUCCGGGACCCACUCGCAGCGCCCAGCAUCCGCAGGGUCCCGGAGCCGGAAUUUGCUUGCCCAGCGCUCCCCAGGUUCCAGAGUUCCGCGCAGAACCUUCCGGUGCCCAGCCCUAUUUCAGGAGCCCGGGCUGACCUGUCCCCUUAGUUGUGGCUGCACGCGUGGGAGCCAUGAGCUGUCUUCUGAACAAUAUGGUCCCGGUGGGGCUGGCUCUCCUGAUCUGCGGAGUGCAAGCCUUUUUCCUUCCCAACACCACGAGCCUGGAGAGGCUGCUGAGCAAGUACCAGGAUGCAGAGCCACACUCCCGAGUGCGCAGGGCCAUCCCCAUGUCAGACCGUCAGGAGAUCCUCAUGCUGCACAACAAGCUGCGAGGUCAGGUGUAUCCCCCUGCCUCCAACAUGGAAUACAUGACUUGGGAUGAGGAGCUGGAGAGGUCCGCGGCAGCGUGGGCACAGCAGUGUCUGUGGGAGCAUGGGCCUGCCAGCCUUCUGGUGUCCAUCGGGCAGAACCUGGCUGUGCACUGGGGCAGGUACCGCUCUCCUGGGUUCCACGUGCAGUCAUGGUAUGACGAGGUGAAGGACUACACCUACCCGUACCCCCACGAGUGCAACCCGUGGUGCCCCGAGCGGUGCUCAGGAGCCAUGUGCACCCACUACACACAGAUGGUCUGGGCCACCACCAACAAGAUUGGCUGUGCCGUGCACACCUGUCGGAACAUGAACGUCUGGGGCGACAUCUGGGAGAACGCCGUGUACCUCGUCUGUAAUUAUUCUCCAAAGGGAAACUGGAUCGGCGAGGCCCCCUACAAGCAUGGCCGUCCCUGCUCCGAGUGUCCGUCCAGCUAUGGAGGUAGAUGCCGGAACAACCUGUGCUACCGAGAAGAGCCUUACAAUCAGAAACCAGAGGUGGAUGAGAUAAACGAGGUGGAAUCGCCCCCUGCUCUCGAGGAAACUCACGUCUGGGUUCAGCCCAGGGUGGUCAGACCCUCAAAGACCAAGAAGACCCCAGUCAUCAACUUCAUGACCCAAGUGGUCCACUGCGACACCAAGAUGAAGGACUCCUGCAAGGGAACCACGUGUAACAGGUACCAGUGCCCAGCAGGCUGUCUGAACAACAAGGCGAAGGUCUUUGGCUCUCUGUUUUAUGAAAGCUCUUCCAGCAUAUGCCGAGCCGCUAUCCACUAUGGUGUCAUCGAUGAUCGAGGUGGCCUGGUGGAUGUCACCAGGAAUGGGAUGGUACCCUUCUUUGUCAAAUCUCAGAAAAAUGGCAUGGAGUCCCUGAGCAAAUAUAAACCAUCUAGCUCCUUCACUGUGUCGAAAGUGAAAGAGACAGCCGUGGACUGCCACACCACAGUCGCUCAGCUGUGCCCCUUCGAGAAGCCGGCCACCCACUGCCCGAGAGUCCGCUGUCCAGCACGCUGUGGAGAGGAGCCAUCUUAUUGGGCCCCUGUGUAUGGAACCAACAUCUAUGCUGACACUUCCAGCAUUUGUAAGGCCGCUGUGCACGCAGGCGUCCUCGUCGACGAGGUUGGUGGCUAUGCGGAUGUGAUGCCCGUGGACAAAAAGAAGAACUACGUGGGUUCCCUCAGGAACGGGGUGCAGUCGGAGAGCCUGACCACUCCUCAGAACGGAAACGCCUUCCGGAUCUUCGCCGUCAGGCAGUGAAUUUGGCGACCUGGGGAGAAGGGGUGUCAUCUACUGGGAUUUGGGGUCCUGCUUUUAAUCUGUACUUUGUCCUUUGGGGGUGGGGGGUUACGGAGAAUCAGGAAUCUUCCUUUUGGUGUCAUUGAAUGUCCUGGGCCUCCAUGGCCUUUGGUGAGAGUGAUAGAGCACCUUCCCUUCAUGAGCAGCGUGCCAUGGAGUCUCUUGGCUGGACAACCAGUGCCCAGACUGGGCAGGGUCUUCUGGCCCCCAUCUGGCGGCUCACCUCCUCUCAGGAGCUGCUCACUGAGACACUCCUUGCCACGUUUUCUUUGAUGGUGGAGGGGGAAGGCUUUCAAAUCCUCGAGGAUACAGGUUUGAGAUUCGUCGUGAAUGGGGCUCUUGUCUGGAUGACAAGAGUUGAUAGCCCUAUAAGGUUACAGUCUGUCCCACCAACAGAGAAAUAGAGACUGUGUUUGCUGGUCAUACAGAUGGGCUACAGGGAGAAGCCCUGGGCAAAACCUGGGCUCUGCCCUGGUGGUAUCCACGUUCGUGUCCCCAGCCCUCUUGGCAGUCACGUGCUUUUAUGUCCAGCAGAGCUGGUCUAUUUAAAGUUGGCAGCACUCCAGAGAUUUACCUUGUUUUUGUCCUUGUCUGUGUGGCCUGUUCUCACAUGACCUUUGGUCUCAUGGAGGACCAAUGCACCAGGAACCUUCCUCACCGUUCUGUGACCCUGUGGCUUCUGCCCCACCUCAGGCAGCUCUAGGCACCCCCUCUGGGGUUUGGCUUUGCAGGAGGCUCCAGGUCUUAGAUGUCUGCUCUCUCCAUAGAACAAGGGCUGUCUCACGGCUGCCGUCAGAGUGGCAACUCAGCGUCCAGUUCCCCCUGGUUUGGGUGACCUACUUUUCAGCUGUGGGAGGAAUGGUUCUCUGGCACAUUCCUCGUGGGGGUUACUGGAGUGGCCUGUGGUUGUAAAACCGCCCAUGACACACCAGCCACCAGAAAGAGGGGCCGGGACACACAGGAAGAACCCCUCAGCGCUUGCCAGCGUCCCCGGGCUCCAAGAGUGUGGUGAGCCCUGGCUUCUGUCACUUCGGAUCCUGAUCCAAACCCACUGUAAAAUGAAACAUGCUUCUGUAAACAGCUUACCCUAAAGAAGGUGGAAUCCCACCCCAGUCCUGAGGAUGAGGCAGAUUUGCCUGUGAGCGCUGACCUCAGACAGGGUUUCAUGCUCCAGCCAAAUAGUUCUUAGACGCAGAAGGGGGUGGACAGGGAUGGUGGCUUGGUGGUUAACAGCUCUUGUUGUUCUGCCAGAGGACCUGAGCUCAGUUCCCACCUCUCAUGGGCUGUUCACACCCACCUUUAACUAACUCUAGGACAUCUAUGGUCUCCACAGGCACCACACACAUCCAUUUGAGCAAAGUACAAAUGGUUCUUUAAAAAAAAAAAAACGGAAGGGAGUCUGAACAAAGCCCUCCCUCCCCCUCCCCGCCCCCCAGGGAGCCACUAUGUAGUCCAGGCUGGCCUUGACUUAUUACAUAGCCCAGGCUGGCCUCCUGAGUGUUAAGAUAGCUUUCCCCAGAUCCAUCCCUUCCGGGGAGUUUAUGAAAAGCACACAACCUUGAAGUAGCUCUAGCUAGCCGUUCACUGGGCUGUUUCUGCCUCGUGGGUGUGGGUGUGGUGUCUUUGAAGGCAUAAACUCUUCCACUCCAGAUGUUGGAACACAUCUGCUCAGCCUGUGGAAGGGGACUUCUGGUUGCUACCAAACAUCUGGGAAACUUCCCGAUGCAAGGAGGGCUGUGGGACCCUUUAGCCAGCCCAAAGGGCAAGGUUGAGAUGGUAAGGAAAAUCAUAAGCCCCCUGGGCUUCUAGAAUGAGCAAGCAAUCCCAUCUCCAGGGAACUUGCUGUGUGAGUCCGUCCUGAGGUCCUCGGUGCUCCCUGGCUGCCCUUCCACCAGGCACAGAGACCUCACUCAGAGCCUGGCUUAGCAGCCUCGGUCAUCUUCAUCAAUAGUUUGAAACUGGAAGCCCUUCACUGUGGAAAGCAAGGAAACAAAACCACAAAUGACAAGCCCUUACGUCAGAGCCCUUCUGACCCCGUGUGUCCAUCAGCUCUCCCAAGUUUAAAGUGACCACGCCCACAGCAGCUGCAUUCCCUACUCCGUCCUGCGUCCUGCGUCUGGUGAUAGUUUCCAUUUGCUUCCGAGCUGUGCCCGGUCUGUUCAGAGGGGUGUGCCAACUCUCCAUGAUCUGUAGGCUCUCUCGGCCCGCAGUUUACUGUGUGCUUUUUUUUCUAUGAAAAAUGAUAUAUUUUACAACUUCCUAUGUACAAAAGUUUAUUGUAAGUUUUUGUGCUUCGCAUGAAUAGGGCCACACUGGUUGUUGCAACGGUUUCAAUAAAAACGGUAUUGAUUUCUAACACA